AUCGAUUACAACGACACCACCACCACCACCUGCAGAGAGCAUAGCAUCACCAGCAGCUGCCUGCAAGCUCCCGCAGAUCUCACACCCCAGCUCUCCGGCUUCCACUGGCACUAGAGACAAAGACGAAGACGACGAUAACACAGCUGACACUUCUCCGGGUUAGCACGAUAAUAGAGUAUUCCGUCUGUUCAAGCAUCUCUCAGUCUUUCGGUCAUAGAGCUUCCGGCCAUUCCGCCGUCUCCACCCGCCGGGCAGCUCUAGUGAGCUCUUCAACCUCGCACCCACCCGAGGUCUUGUCACGAUACCCUUCCACAGCACAGCGACAGCACCAUGGCCAGCGCACUCAACGCCCUCUACCGGCUAGCCGUCCCGGCCGCCAUUGCCGUCGGAGUCGCCCAGUCGUCCAUCUACGACGUCCGCGGCGGCACCCGCGCCGUCAUCUUCGACCGCAUCAACGGAGUAAAAGACACCGUCGUCAGCGAGGGCACGCACUUCCUCGUCCCCUGGCUCCAGCGCUCCAUCAUCUUCGACGUCCGCACGAAGCCGCGCAACAUCGCCACCACGACGGGCUCCAAGGACCUCCAGAUGGUCUCCCUGACCCUCCGCGUGCUGCACCGCCCAGAGGUCCAGGCCCUGCCUAAGAUCUACCAGAACCUCGGCACCGACUACGACGAGCGCGUCCUGCCCUCCAUCGGCAACGAGGUCCUGAAGAGCAUCGUCGCCCAGUUCGACGCCGCCGAGCUCAUCACGCAGCGCGAGGCCGUCAGCCAGCGCAUCCGGACGGACCUCAUGCGCCGCGCCGCCGAGUUCAACAUUGCCCUCGAGGAUGUCUCCAUCACGCACAUGACUUUUGGCAAGGAGUUCACCCGCGCCGUCGAGCAGAAGCAGAUUGCCCAGCAGGACGCCGAGCGCGCCCGCUUCAUCGUCGAGCGCGCGGAGCAGGAACGUCAGGCCAACGUCAUCCGCGCAGAGGGCGAGGCCGAGUCCGCAGACACAAUCUCGCGCGCCAUUGCCAAGUCUGGCGACGGCCUGAUCAUGAUCAGAAAGAUCGAGGCCAGUCGCGAGAUUGCCGCCACGCUGGCGGGCAACCCCAACGUUGCCUACCUGCCAAGCGGCAAGAACGGCGGCGGCGGCAACUUUUUGCUAAAUGUCGGCAAGGCGUGAAGAGCUAUCAUCAAGACCGGUGCACUGGAGAGUAGUCAGCGAUAAAGGCGAGAGGUCUCUUUUUUUUUCUCUUGCGGCCCAGUCGCUGUGGAAGAGGGCUGGCUCUUUCAAAUGUGUUGAGAGGAGAGGCCGUACAGACAUGACCUGGAGAGGAGAAAGCGAUCUUCAAAGUGGUCCUCCCAGGAGCAGAAGGAGAAGGCCAAACAUGCCAUCCAUACACGACAUACCCCCCGCUCAUUCAGACUCGCGGCGUAUGUUUGAAACAAUUGUAUUCACUCAUGUAACAAUAGAAAAAUCUAGGGACAAAGGAAUGGCGAAUGGAACGAUAAUCUCAUGUCAUAUCAAACAUUGUU